AUGUGCGCCAAAGGCUACGAUAAUAACUUUGCAGGCACAAGUGGAUCUGUGAUGAUCGCCAGUGCUGCGGUGGGGACUAUUUUGUCUGGUGUCUAUGUGGACCGGAGUGGACUGCUUAUCGAGGCACUCAAGGUAUGUUGUCUACUAUCCUCGCUUGGUUNUGUGGCCCUCUGGUUCCCCGGUCAGCAAGUUAUUCUCCUCAGUUGCUUAGCUUGGCUGGGUGGCUUUGGUUUUGCUCAAUACAGUCUGGCAUUGGAAAUGGCUGCAGAGGCCACUUUUCCCGUGCCCGAAUCAAUCACUACCGGACUUCUGGUCAUGGCUAGCCAAAUCACGGCCAGUGUGCUGCUACCCAUCAUGCAACGAGUUGCCCCGGUAGCCAAGCGAAAUGCAUGGUUCCAACCCGUUUGCGGCCGCAAUAGUUUUCCUCAGAUAGAAUUGAAGAACUCACGUUAA